CAGGUGUUCCAAUCCCCUCCAUAUCAUGUGAUUCAGGUGUUCCAAUCCCCUCCAUAUCAUGUGAUUCAGGUGUUCCAAUCCCCUCCAUAUCAUGUGAUUCAGGUGUUCCAAUCCCCUCCAAAUCAUGUGAUUCAGGUGUUCCCAUCCCCUCCCAAUCAUGUGAUUCAGGUCUUCCAAUCCCCUCCCAAUCAUGUGAUUCAGGUGUUCCAAUCCUCUCCAUAUCAUGUGAUUCAGGUGUUCCAAUCCCCUCCCAAUCAUAGUCAAUAGCUAAAGACCUCCAAACUUGGUGUGGCCUUCAGAUGAGCCCAACAACAGUGCGUAGAGAGCUUCAUGGAAUGGGUUUCCAUGGC